AUGUCUAAAAAGGCAAUAGACUCGCGCAUCCCGGCGCUCAUGCGCAAUGGGAUCCAGGAGAAAAAACGGAGUUUUUUCGUGGUGGUGGGAGACCGAUCGAAGGAUGUUAUUGUCUAUCUCCACCAUAUCAUGUCCGGCAUGGACAUGAAGCAAAACAAAUCGGUGCUGUGGGCAUACAAGAAUAAGCUCCUUGGAUUCACAAGUCAUCGGAAAAAGCGCGAGAACAAGAUCAAAAAGGAAAUAAAACGCGGCAUACGAGAAGCCAAUACUGAGGACCCCUUCGAGUUGUUCGUUUCCCUACAUAAUAUCCGAUAUGUAUACUACAAAGAGACAGAGAAGAUCCUUGGGAACACAUAUGGGAUGUGUAUAUUACAAGAUUUCGAGGCGAUUACACCAAACUUACUCGCUAGAACGAUUGAAACGGUUGAGGGAGGAGGUCUUGUCGUCUUGCUUCUGAAAGGAAUGAGCAGCUUGAAACAACUCUAUACCCUAUCGAUGGAUAUCCAUUCGCGGUACCGAACCGAGGCCCACGAGGACGUUGUUGCGAGGUUCAACGAGCGCUUUAUAUUAUCUCUGGGGAAAUGCGAGUCCUGUCUUGUGAUCGACGAUGAGAUGAACGUGUUGCCUAUCUCUGGGGGGAAGAACGUGGCAGCUCUACCUCCUCCUGACAUCAACGAGCCAAUGAGCGAAGCGCAGAAGGAACUGAGUGACAUGAAAGAAGCAUUGCAAGAUACCCAGCCGGUUGGAUCGUUGGUGACAUUGGCGAAAACAGUGGACCAAGCAAAGGCACUCCUGACUUUCGUUGAUGCUAUUGCGGAGAAGACCUUGAGAAGUACUGUCACUCUGACAGCCGCUCGUGGUAGAGGCAAAUCAGCUGCUUUGGGUGUGGCCGUAGCUGCUGCAGUAGCCCACGGAUAUAGCAACAUCUUCAUCACGUCCCCAAGCCCAGAGAACUUGAAAACUCUUUUUGAAUUUAUUUUCAAAGGGUUUGACGCUCUGAACUAUAUGGACCAUGUGGAUUAUUCAAUCAUCCAAUCGACCAAUCCAGAUUUCAACAAAGCUAUUGUGAGAGUUAACAUACAUCGUCAACAUCGUCAGACGAUUCAAUAUAUCAGACCGCAAGAUGCCCAUGUCUUGGGCCAGGCCGAAUUGCUUGUCAUCGAUGAAGCGGCUGCAAUUCCACUACCUUUGGUUCGAAAGCUGAUGGGCCCAUAUCUCGUUUUCAUGGCGUCAACAAUUAAUGGAUACGAGGGCACUGGGAGAUCGCUUUCCCUGAAGUUAAUCAAACAACUCCGAGAACAAUCGAUGGGCAACUCCAAAGCGGGAGGAAUUAACGACGCGGAGGUUACAGAUAGGGCCACCGGGAAAGCCUCGAAGACAGCGGAUAACAGCUUCACUGGAGGACGUUCUUUACGAGAAAUCACCCUCUCGGAACCAAUUCGUUACGCCAAAGGCGAUGGCGUGGAAAAGUGGUUGAAUACAGUUCUCUGUCUUGAUGCCACACUACCACGCUCAAAGUUAAAUACGCUCCAAGGUUGCCCUGACCCGUCACAAUGCCAGCUGCUCAAUGUUAACCGCGAUACUCUUUUCUCCUUCCAUGAAGUGUCCGAGAAGUUCUUACAGCAGAUGGUUGCUCUUUAUGUUGCGAGCCAUUACAAAAACUCCCCCGAUGAUCUCCAAUUAAUGAGUGAUGCUCCUGCGCAUCAGCUUUUCGUGCUUGUACCCCCAAUUCCCGAAGACAGCAACCAUUUGCCAGAGCCGCUCUGUGUUAUCCAGGUUGCGCUCGAAGGCAGAAUCAGCAGAGAGAGCGUGGCAAACAGCUUGAGCAGAGGAAAGAGAGCGGCCGGUGAUCUCAUUCCCUGGAUCGUCAGUCAGCAGUUCCAGGAUGAGGACUUUGCUGGGCUUUCUGGUGCUCGUGUUGUUCGAAUAGCAACCAAUCCUGAUUACAUCCAGAUGGGAUACGGAAGCAAAGCACUUGAAUUGCUGAAUGAUUUCUACGAGGGUAAAUUUGCGGAUCUAUCGGAGGAUGCGAAGCCUUUAAGUGAGGAAACCAUUACGCGGGUUACAGAUGCAGAACUAGCAAACGCCUCACUUCUUAACGAUGACAUCAAGGUCAGAGAUAUUCGGAAAAUGCCCCCUCUGUUCUCGAAGCUUUCAGAGCGCCGCCCAGAUCAGCUUGACUACGUUGGUGUAAGCUACGGCCUUACACAACCGCUGCACAGAUUCUGGAAACGUGCCCAUUUUGCCCCUGUAUAUCUGCGGCAAACUGCGAAUGAGUUGACUGGCGAGCACACUUGUGUCAUGAUUCGCCCGCUUGAAAAUAGCGACGAUAAAUCAUGGCAGGGAGCAUUCUCAAGGGAUUUCCAUCGCCGAUUCCUCUCCCUCCUGGCCUACCAGUUCCGAGACUUCCCCUCUAUCCUUGCGCUCAGCAUUGACGAGUCCGCAAAUAUGGGUGCCAAACUAGACCCAGAAAAUGAGCCCCUUGCGCUGGCUAAACCCCAACUCGACUCCCUAUUUUCACCAUUUGACCUCAAACGCCUAGAAUCUUAUGCAAACAACAUGCUCGACUACCACGUUGUGCUUGAUCUCGUCCCCAAAUUAGCCAACUUGUACUUUACAGGCCAGUUGAAGUCCAGUAUCAAGCUUACCGGCAUCCAGCAAUCAAUCCUGCUUGCCGUCGGCCUGCAAUGCAAAGAUCUAUCCGUGUUGGAAGCAGAACUGUCUCUCCCAUCAUCUCAGUUGCUAGCCAUGUUCAUCAAGAUCAUGCGUAAAAUCAGUUCACACUUCAACUCCUUGGUCACUGGAGCGAUUGAAGCUGAAAUGCCGAACAGAGAUAGAAUUGGCGUUAGUAGAGAAGAUGCGAGCGGCGCUUUCGAUGAUGAGGUUGUUGAUACUCGUUUCGUUCCCUUGGAAACUACUUUAGAAGACGAGCUUGAAGAAGGUGGUGAUGAGGCCAUGAAGGCUUUGAAGGAGAAGCAGAGGGAGCUUAUUGAUGCACUGCCUCUGGACCAAUAUGAAAUUGAAGAGGGCGCUCCUGGCUGGGCAGACGCCGAGAAGCAGGUUCUCAGUGCUACCAAGAGUGGGAAGAAGAAUGUCGUAGUUAGCGUGAAGAGCACGAAGACCAAGAGAAAGGCGGGGGAAACUGCUGCGGAGAUAUAUGCUCAGGAGGUUGAAGCAAAAGCGAAUAAAAGGGCGAAAAAGGCGCCUAAAAGGGGGCAUGCAUAG